AUGGCUGAGAUGGCCGGCCGUAUUGCGAGUUUGGAGCGCAACCUUGCCAAAGCAACUGCCCAGGGGAAUAUGUCCCGCAACACCCUCGAACCAAAUACGAUUGCGGAUAAGCAAGACUCACAAAAGGACUUACUAGUACAUAAAGGCCCGACCAGCCAGUACCUCAAUGAGAUACUGGUAGCCAGAGUCGUCGGUGAAGACGAAAGCAUUGCAACUGCUCUUACGACAUCGCAGCGCGAGCAAAGAGAAUUCCCAUGCUCCCCCUUCGACGCAAUGGGAAUAAUGUCUUCUCCCUGCUAUUUCCAGCACCCCUCUGCAUUUCACCCUGGGAAAGCUACCGCAGUUGAGCUUUGGAAUAUCUACCUCAACAAUGUAGAAAUUAUCCUCGGACUGAAGUUGACGCACGUCCCAACUGAUGAGGUCAGAGUUUACUCAGCUAUAGAUGACCCGGUCACUGCAAAGUUUCACGAUCUUGCAUUUUGCUAUAGUAUCUACUUUGCAGCAGCUGUAUCACUUGAAGAGUCGACAUCGCUCUUGGAUAAAGCCACUGAGCUUCAGCGCUUCAAAAUGGGCAUCGAACAAGCCUUUGCUCACGGAGACUUUUUUAAUCGGCCUACGUUGACUGGUUUACGAGCUCUAGCUAUAUACCUUUCGGAGCUCCGUCGAAGACUUUGGUGGCAUGUCAUUACAAGAGAUAGUCGGUCCGGCGAAGACUUCGGUUUGGAAGACCCCAAUGACUUGAUAUCGACGUCCGACGUCAAGCUACCCCUAAAUGUUAAUGAUGCUGAUAUCUUUCCUGAAAUGGAGGAAUUGCCAAUAGAACGAACCGGAUGGACGUGUAUGACGUUCUCGCUAAUCAAUGUCGACUUGGCUAAGACAAUGGAGAAGCUGAAAGCUGUCAAUCCCUCAACAUCAACACUCAGAAAAGAAUGGAGAGACAGUAUCGUUAAAGAAGUGCAUACCAAGAUCAGGGCCAGACUAGAUAAUUGCAACCCAGUAACACCGCACCAACGACUUACGGUUCACUGCACAGAUUAUCUGCUACGAAAGCUCGACUUCGUCACGAAGCAACAGUGGGACUUGCUGCAGAAGAACUCCAAUGAAUCAGUUUUGAACGCGCAAACACUCGUAGCUGCGUUGAGCAUAUUGGAAGCUAGAACAUCUGGCGAUGAUCCUUUUCUAGCGCAGUUCUCGUGGGCUAAGAAGGCCCACCCGCAGUAUCAUGUCACCUUGUAUGUUCUGUGGUAUUUGUGCAAUAAGCCGCAAGGCCCACACGUCAAGCGCGCAUGGCGGGCGAUAGAUAGCAUCUUCGAACAGGAGAUGGCACAUGACUUUAUUGGUUGUACUGGGGCUAAGCCAGAUGUUCUGAAGGCGCUGAGGACUAAGGCUGAAACACUGCGGAAGAACCUGGACGCACCAACUGCAAGAGCUGGAUAUAACAUAGAACCCACUGCACCGGUUGAGCUAGAGGCGAUGGAGGAUCCUUUAAAGUUCAUUGAAUGCUUUAACUUCGAUGACGAUAUUUUUGAAGAUGGAAUUCCAUGGUCCUCAUGGACUUCACUCCUUCAGGGGCUUUACCUUUGCAUAUCGGAAAAGAUGACGACUAUUUUGGUAACCGGUGCAAAUCGCGGGAUUGGUUAUGCCAUUGUGCAAGCCAUCGCUACCCGUCUCCCUUCAUCCACCAUCGUCCUAGGGUGUCGCAGAAAGGAUGCAGCACAAGAGGCGAUUGAAUCUCUUAUUGACAGUGGAAUCAAGGUUCAACUCGACUAUGUCGAGUUGGAUAUUGAGAAUGAUGCCUCCAUCGAAGCAGCCGUAGCAUCACUGGAGCGAGAAUAUGGGAAAUUGGACGUUUUGAUCAACAACGCUGGCAAGGUUGAACGAAGAGUAUCAGAGAAUUUGGCGGAUAUCCGAGCAGCAUCCAAUGCCUGCUACAAUAAUCUCAUCACAAGCAACGCUGUUGUCACAUAUGCCUUUGGUAAACUUCUAAGAAAGAGCUCCGGCCCAAGGGUCAUCAUGAUCUCGAGUGCUCGCGGCAGUAUGGCCAGAACAAACAAAAAAGAGCUCCCUCCUGUUUCCAACAUUGACUACUGCGUGUCCAAAGCGGGCCUUGACAUGCUAAUGUUGCACUUGCAAGUCGCCGAGAACCACAGCGAGAAUGAAGCCAAGAUUACGUUUUGGGCUGUAAGUCCAGGGCAUUGCAAGACGGCUUUUAAUGGCUAUAGGGGCAGGAAAGAUCCUUUGGAAGGAGCUGAGGCAGUGGUGAGGUUGCUCGAGACGACCGAGGGGGACAUUACACCUGGGACAUUUUGGGAGUAUGAGAAUGGUAGCUUUCAGCAAGUUCCUUGGUAA